ACACAGAAACACUUUUCAAAUUCCCGUUCGUGUUCUCCGCCACUCUUCAAGUCCAUUCACACACGUGUUACCGCGAGUCCUAACUGUGGGCGAGCUGCAGGUCAGAGCCGGACACUGACCCAUAUAAACGCAAAAUGUCAAUGGAGCACGCCAAACCAAAGUUCAGCCAGUCUCAGGUGUCUGAGAUGGUGAAGACGCUCUACAGGAUGACGGCUGCAGAAAUCAAGCCCUUACCCAGCUACGAUGACCAGAACUUCUACGUGGCCACCAGUGAGGGUGGCGAGUACGUCCUCAAGAUCAUGAACUCAGAAGACAGCAAGAAUCCCGCCAUUACCGAGGUGCAGACAUGUGCCAUGUCCUUCCUCCACCAGAAUGGACUUCCUGCUCAAACGGUUGUGCCCACCACCUCAGGACAGCUGAUCAGUCUGCAAGAAAUGGAUUGUGGUUACGGCUGUCAGAAGUACCUGGUGCGGCUGCUGACCUAUUUACCUGGCAUCACUAUUUCUAAAGUUCCUUUAACACCGAAGUUAUUGUAUGAAACUGGCAAGAUGGCAGCCAGAAUGGACGUUAUCCUUAAAAAGAUGGAACAUCCUCAUUUAAGAACUCUACAGAGGGAAAGUUUUAUAUGGAGUCUGUCCAACAUCCCCCUCCUGGAAGAAUAUCUCAGAGUGUUAGAUGGAGAUCCUCUGCAGGAGGUUGUGAAGUCUGUCAUUGACCAGUACAAGACCUCUGUGCUCCCCAAGCGCUCCAACUUCCACAAAUGCAUUAAUCAUGGUGAUUUCAAUGACCUCAAUGUGCUUGUUCAACCUGAUGAGAAUGACGGCUACAAGAUUUCUGGCAUCCUUGACUUUGGGGACAUGAACGAUGGCUACUACAUCCACGAGCUGGCCAUCACCUUAAUGUACAUGAUGACAGUGCACCCUGAACCCGUCGAGGUGGGUGGACCUGUCCUCGCUGGCUGGGAAAGUGUCCUCCCCCUCAAUGACGCAGAGAAAGAUUGCCUGUAUUUGCUGGUUCUGUGCCGCUUCUGCCAGUCCUUGGUUAUGGCUCGUUAUUCUGUGACUCUGCAACCAGAAAAUGCAGAGUACCUGAUGAUUACAUCCAAGAGGGGCGUCCACAUUCUACAGCAGCUCUGGACGCUUGGAAAGGAGCAGGUGGAGAAGAGGUGGUUUGAGAGCGCUGCUAAGUUCGGUGAAAAAUAGCAGAAAUACUGUAAGUGAGGAAGGCUGGUCAUUAAAAACAGGUGGUUCCAUUAAGUCAAACUUUUCCAGCAGACUUACUUCACCAGACGGAAAAGCAACAGCUAGUGAAACAGUGAAUUGGUCAGACUUGCACCCCUGCACACCCUGUACGCUCUACUCUAUUUUUUCUAACACUGUAUAUGUAUACACACAGGUAUAUAUAGUAUAUAUACACAUUUCCUUUUUUUUUUUUUUUUGACCAAAAAGGUAUAAGCUGAAGCCUCAUGGCUUAUUUUUUCUAUCCUUUUCAACAAAAGGCAGACUACAGAAAAGGAAAAAAGAUACUAAUAAGAAGAAAA